GAAAGUUUUCAUUGUUAGGUGAAUCACUGAGCAUUGGGCACGAUUUAAAUACGAGCCCUCGUCGAUUUCGAGCGCCGUGUAGCACAGAUUUUUCAAAGUGUCGCGGAACGGGAAUAACGUCUUCCUUCUACUCUAUAAAAUCAAAGAAAUCAUUUUUUGAUAGUUCGUGAAUCGAGAGAUUUGUGCAAAUCAUCAGUAUAGUGACAGUGGUCUUUCUUGGUGCGGGAACAUUUACAAGUGAAUUCGAAUAGGAUGAACGAAGUUUCCAUCGAAAGCAAACGGUUUUUGCAGAAAAGAAAAAGUCGACUUGCGCUAGGAAUACGCUUGACUGUUUUUCUGUCAGUCGUUUCGUUCUUCUUGAUAUUUUCUGCUCCUCAACAGGAUGAGUUUGAAGUGAAUGCUGCACGAAGUCACGCUAGGAAGUUACUGAGUAUAAACGAAACGUUUUCGGUGACAGAGUUGGGAAUUUCCAUUGCCGAGUUUAACGCAACCACACCCAAUCCGGAAAACAUAACCAACAUAAGUUCGUCAAACAUUACUGCGAACGCAAAUGUCGAAAUCGAAGCUAAUUGCACUCGUCCUGCUAUCCACGAGUUCCCGCAAGAUGGAUUCACACGAAGCCAACGGAAACAUGGAGCCGUCGCAAUCCACAUUUUCCUUGCUUGCUAUUGCUUUUGGCUUUUAGCUGUCAUCUGCGAUGAUUAUUUCGUACCUUCCAUAGAAGUGAUGUGCUUCACCUUGCAGAUGAAAGAGGAUGUUGUGGGGGCAACUUUCAUGGCGGCAGCAACAUCAAGUCCAGAGUUGUUCAUUAACUGUAUUGGGACGUUCAUCACGAAAGGCGAUAUCGGUGUGGGUACUAUCGUGGGAUCUGCAGUUUUCAAUAUUCUCGCCGUCCCUGCUUGCUGUGGCCUCUUCGCGGGGCAUAUUGUGUACCUCGAUUGGUGGCCAGUUAGCAGAGAUUGCUUAAUGUAUUGCAUCGCCGUUUUUGGAUUAAUUGGGACGCUCUAUGACGGCGUCAUCAUGUGGUAUGAAGGUUUGCUUCUGACUAUUGCAUACUUCUUUUAUAUGUUUGCAAUGUAUUGUAACGAUGCCAUGGCAAGAAAAGCUCGACGUCUGGUCGCGAAAUGUCGCCAUCGGACGAAGAUACACCCUUACAAGGAGGUGACCGAGAUUUCUCCCUUACUUGAGUGUAAUGGAAACGGCAUAAAGAUCUCAAAUGGAAACGGGUUUACAAUGAAUGGUUUAUACCACGGUGACAAGUCUAUAAUUAGCGAUGACUCUAUCAGCAGUGAUAGUGACAGAAGUGAAUUAGCAGAUGAUCCUUGGAGCCGGCGGGAUAGCAAUUUAUGCACAUUUCUAUUACGAUGGCCCAUUACUUUGGUGUUGUGGGCAACUAUCCCCGACUGCCGCAAAAGGCCCCAGUUAAAAGCGGUGACGUUUUUGCUUUCAAUUGUGUGGAUUGGCAUCACGUCGUACUUAGUGGCUUUUUUCAUAACAAUUAUUGGAGAUACGUUGAACAUCCCGGAUUCAGUCAUGGGAUUGACAAUAUUAGCCGCCGGAAUGAGCGUUCCCGAGGCAGUCUCAAGCGUUAUUGUGACAAAUCAAGGCCACGGUGCAAUGGGAAUCAGCAACUCCAUCGGAUCAAAUACUUUCGACAUACUGCUUUGUUUGGGCCUGCCCUGGUUCAUUAAGGCCUAUUUUGCACCUGCUGUUCCUGGUGAGCACUGGAUAAUCCUGAAUUCAAGUGGACUAACUUAUUCGGCAAUAUCGUUAUUGACAACCCUCUUUGGUCUCUACAUCGCGUUUGCAGCGAAUAAAUUUAAGCUAGAUUGGAGGAUUGGUGUUGCUUGUACUGUCAUGUAUGUCGGUUUCUUGAUCCUUGCAACAAUGAUUGAACUGAAUUUAUUUUUUGCUGUCAAUUUACCAGUCUGUGAUCAUUAGACAUUUGUUUACUUUUUUUUGGAUUUUAAGUAUAUGUAUUUAAUACGUACACAUAAGGUUUUUUUAAUAAAAACAAACAUAAAUAU